AAAUCUUUAUUGAUGGCAGUUCACAGAAGGUUUUUAAAACAGAAUCUAUGGUUCAUAGUUUUUGUAAAAACUGUGCAAAAAUAUGUACAUUUUAAAAAAAGGUCUUGGAGGAUUUCUCUUUAAUGUCUUUUUAAAGAGAAAUAUCUUUCAAUUUUUAUCGUCUAACAUUAUAAAUUCUUGAUUUAUGUCUAGUCUUGGCUCUGACUCAAUGGUUUGGUCAGGUCGGUGCCACAAGUGGACCUGAAUAGUGUGCCACUGCCACAUGUCUCAUCCUGGGAGACAGGUGAGAGCUCAGACAUGGUCCUCCUAUCUUUUAAACUUGGAUUGUUGAUUGAAGAAGGUAUAGCCUACUGUAUGUGAACCACUUUUGUCCCUGCGCACUGGAGGGUCUCUCCUCACCGCCCAUGUGUUUGGAGCUCAGCUCACACCUGAAGAGACAGAGGAGCUGGGAGCUGUGAUGAUGAAGCUCUGCGCACGGAGCUACUCAUCCUGCCUCUCUCCUGGAAAAGCCACAGCACGGCACAUUUAUUUAUUUGGAGACCAAGUCAGGAGGAGAGCCUCCAGCGGGAGGGGGGCUGGGAUGCGCGCAUGCAUGUGACAAGCUUUCCACCUUUCCAUUUGUGCCAGUCAGGCUGGGUUUUGAAUCCCUCUAUCUGGACCUGCAGCUUUUUAAAAACCACCGGAGUGAGUGGCAUCUCCAAGCAUUGCGCGCCUCGUCCGUCCGUCCGUCGUCCGCGGAUAGUCUCAGAGACCAUGCGAGCAGGAGAGACGCGCCCUGUGCCAUGCUGAACAACUCCCCGACCCUGCUGCUGGCUCUGACCGCAGUGGCCGGACUCCUCCAGCGAUGCCAGGGCUGGAGCGACGAGGACCUGCUCCUGCCGCCCAUCAACUCCUCCAACAGGUUCCUGGCCAACCUGGAGGUGGACGUGCGCUUCUCCAAGAGGAGCGUGGAGGAGAACGACGCCUCCCCUGACGCCGCCGCCGCCGCCGCCUCGUCCCCGCUGCAGAGCCUGUCCCAGUGCAACGUGAGCGUCCAGCGGCUGCUGCCCACCUCGCUGGUGGCCAGCUGGGACAGCAGCUUCGGCUUCCAGUGUGACGUGCUCCUCUACACCACCAACAACCACGGCAGGGCGUUCUUCUCCGCCUCCUUCAACAGGGCCAUCUCGCCCGUCGUCGUCGAGCACCUCGGGGUCACCGGGGGUCAGCAGGAGCUGAGGCUGUGCGUGGGCUGCGGGAUGUCCCGGUACCGGCAGUUCGGUCAGGGCCGGUCGCGGGGCCAGCAAAGCGGGGACCAGGUCGCUUUCUGCUGCGUGGAUUUCAGCCUCGACGAGCUGAAGGGGGACAAAAGUUGGAGGCUGAACAGAAAACCCAUCGAGUCGACACUUGUGGCUUGUUUCAUGACUCUGGUGAUCAUCGUGUGGAGUGUUGCUGCUCUCAUAUGGCCGGUGCCCAUCAUUGCAGGAUUUCUGCCCAACGGCAUGGAGCAAAGGAGACCCAGAUAAUUGAACUGAUCUUUAUAUUGAUUAUAGCCUGUGCUGCCUAUACUAUAAUUGUAGCCAUUCAACUCUUCACACUUUUGGAGGUUUCUGGGAACUUUUUUUGAUGAGAUGCUUUCUUGUGGGUGUUCUUUACUAAACCUCCUCCUCUUUAGGACAACCAAGGUAAUGUAUGAAGACUUACACUAGCCAAUAGUAAUCUAUACUGGGACCAAUACCAAUGUGUUUUGUAUACCCUUGUAGGCCUUCCUAUAGAUUCUGUCAGCUGUGCAAACUUUUUCUCCUUAAACUGUGUUUGUAUAGUUUUUAAUCUUUGUAGAAAAGUUUUUGCCUUAUGCCAUGUGAAGGACUUUUGCACUGAAAACUGAACUCUAACAUGUGCCAUCACAUUAUAUAUAAUAUAUAUUCAACCUAUAGUCAUGUUAAGAGUAAGUGUGAUAGCUUUUAUUUCCAAUACAUUAUGAAACAUCGAUGUUGUUUCUGACUGACAUAGACAGAGGUUCAAUAUUUAUAUUGUUAGAUUUCUAAUGUCAAGUUCAGUUGUGCUUAUUUGUAGGCUAUUCAUGUUUAAAUUAAAAUAAAAUUGAUUAUAGGGUAUAAUUCAGAUUCUCUCUGACCUGUUUGUCUGUAGUCUAAAUCAAUUUACUUCUCAGUGAUUAUAGGUAAGUUCAGUUACAGGAAAACUGAGCAAACUCAAUGAUGAAAGUGAUAAUAAUAAUAAUAAUAAUUCACAAAUUGCCUCCAUUUUUAAGGUUAAUGUAUGGAAUUAUUGUCAGUUAACUCUACUUUAAUAAAUGAGUGUCACUUUAUGGCUGAACAGGGCAGCAUCUUCUUGUUAACGCUGGUUCAGGUGGUUUAUACAUUGUUGUUGAAUCU